AUGAGUUGCAAGUUUGUUUGCAAAUCAUGGAGCGAUCUGAUAGAAGGGGGUGACUUUUCGACGUCGUACAUUCCGAAAACAUGCCUUGCUUUUGGACAUCAAGACACGGGAUACGCGGUCUGUGACGAUGCAUGUGAGCCACUUUUCCAAUUCCGCUUGGCUCAACCAGGUUUUACUCACAAUCUUAAUUGCGUUGCAAUUGAUUCAGUCAAUGGUUUGAUUUUAGUGUGGGAUAAAGGCCGUUAUGAUGAAUUUAUUCUUUGCCUGGUUAAUCCAUUGACUCGUGAAUAUAUCGAGCUUUCUCAUUUGCACUUACACAACAGUGUAUUCGGAUUUGGAGUGAGUAAAUUAAGUGGGCAGUAUAAGAUUUUAUUAGGCGAUCGAUGGAGGCCACGUCAUAUAUACACGGUAGGAGGAGAAGGGUUGUUAAGAAGCAUUGCAGAAAAAGUAGAACCACCUAGACAGUCUGCUGAUGGUGAUGCUAAGUUUUUUAACGGAAAUCUUCACUGGUUGGCAUCUUUUCCUGACGUGGUGUGUUGCUUUGAUCUUGAAACCGAGGUUUUCAUCAGUUUUUCUCGUCCUCCUAAAGAUCAUCAUGGUGGCCACCGCAGAUAUGGUGGAUGUAGGCUAUUCAUUUUGGAGGAUUCGCUAUGUUUAUGCGACAUUUCAGAUAAUUUGCAUGUUCUUAUUUGGAAGAUGAUCAACUAUGGAGAUGCGAACUCUUGGGUAAAGGAAUAUACCUUUGACCAACAACCAUAUAUGAGUGAAAGUGCACGACCAAAUAUCACGAAUUAUGUUUUGCCUCUCAAAGUUUUGGAAAAUGGUGACUUGUUGUUCGCAGUAAAUACUGAUAAACGACUUUUUAUCUACGACAAACGUACGGAUGGUGUUGAGACAUUUGGUCGUCUUCAACGAUCUCUAUAUUGUUAUUUUCCCAAUAUCACCAUUUAUACCCCAACCUUUCUUUCUCUAAAAAGCAUGGGUAUUGACAAUGCAGGGUUAUCAAAUUUUUAUUAG